AUGUAUCUGAUGCACGCGUUGAAACAUAAAUUUAAUUUAUCCCACAAUGCACCUGAAGACCCCAUGAAAAUAUCGGAACAAUACAUGAAUUUUGGAAGAAUAAUUGAAGAAUUAACGACUGUGAGUGUCUUAAUGAAAUUAGGGAACACAGCUGGCAAAUCAUUUAUUGACAUUGAGAAAAGUAAUGUCGAGAUAAUUCCACCUUGCGGUGUUCCUGAUGAAACUCUGACAAGAUCAGAAGAUUCAUUGUUACAAAGAGUUCACUUUAUUACGCAUUUUAUGUUAAAUGUUCAACCUGAUCGUCAAUGCUCGGAAAAUCAUAAAUUUCAUCCCAAUUCUUAUCUUUUGCAAGUUGUUGUAAAUAAGAACAAUCAACAUUUUCAAAAUCUUGACAAUAUCUAA